UCCAGUAAGAUCUUCCAUCAUGAAGUUCCUCCUCAUUCUCUCAACCAGCCUGGCACUCGCCUUCGCCGGCACUGUGGACCCAGACCUUCAAACCGCCGUGGAUAAAGGGCAAACCACCUCCGCCAUUCUCGCACUUCCCCAAAUCAUGGCGCAAGUCGAAUCCAACCCUGCGCUCCUGUCCCUUUCCGGGGAUUCCAAAGUCACCGCCCUCGUCGCCUCUUUGCAAGGACUAACAUCCGCCGCUCAAGCCCCUUUUGUCUCUAUUGCGUCCUCCCUGGGCCUUCAGAUUCAACAAUUUUGGUCCUCCAACAUUAUCCACGUUAAGGGCCUUACACCAGAGAAAUUGGCUCAACUCGCCGCAACCCCGGGGGAAUUUGAGAUCCGAAAGGAACACGUGGUCUCCAUCUUCCCCUCCAUCGAAGUACAUCCCGCCGAAGUGAACCAGGGUCCCAACCAGUGGGGCGUGGUGAAAAUUAGGGCCCCCGAUGUGUGGAGUACCACCCGCGGAGAGGGCGUCGUCGUCGCUAUUAUCGACACUGGAGUAAAUCUCGGUCACGUCGCGCUCGCCGAUUCCUACGCCGGCGGUUGGCUCGACCCCCACCAUUCCACCCCCGGACCGACGGACGUCCAAGGCCACGGAUCCCAUUGUGCUGGGACCGUACUCGGAACCCAGAACGGCGUUGGGGUUGCACCGGCCGCUAAAUGGAUUGCAUGUCGAGGUUUGAACAAUACCGGGAAUGGGACCGAGGUAGAACUCACGGCUUGUGCGGAAUUCAUGCUAACAACAAAUCCAAGGCCACAUAUCAUUUCCAAUUCCUGGGGGGGAAGGGGAGGCUCAACAUUUUUCAAUACGCAAGUCUCAGCAUGGCGCGCGGCGGGAAUGAUUCCAAUUUUCGCGCUGGGUAACUCUGGUCCAUUAUGUAGAACGGCGGGGUCUCCAGGUGAUCAGCCCAAUCUGAUCUCGGUAGGAAACACGAACGACCAAGAUGGUAUGAACUUUCUAUCUUCGAGAGGCCCUAGCAUCGCGGGGCUAACGAAACCGGAAGUGUCAGCGCCAGGAACGCAGAUCCUUUCUUGCGGAACGGGGACAUCAAAUUAUGUCACCAUGUCGGGAACUUCAAUGGCUUGCCCCCACGUGGCUGGGGCAACUGCCCUCCUCCUCUCGGCCAACCCUACAUGGGGUUUUGACGAGGUUUACGCGGCCCUAACGACCACUGCGGCCAGGCCAACUUUGACGAAUGCCGACCGAAACUGUGGUCUUCCCGGACCUGACGAUUUUCCUAAUAAUGCGUUUGGUCACGGGCGCAUUGAUGUCGUCGCCGCACUGGGAAAAUAAAUUAAUUCGGUGUAAUUACAUUUUUAUGUUUAUUGAAUUAAAAGUUUCAAUAAAACAUUUAAGAUGCA